AUCUUGAUUGCAUUUAGUUCUUUAUUUAUGACACUACUUUUGAACGUCAAGCGCCAAGGUCGCUCAUUUCUCUGGCCCAGUCCCUACAGUUAUCUCCACGAAAGCAAAGUCAGCUUCGUACGAUCCUUAAGAAAAGCCAAGUUUUGGAAUCCUAGGAAGAAUACGACAGAACACAUCGUCACUGAGGUUCCUAAGAACAGGAGAAAUUUGUCGUGCCCUGUCUUUGACUUCUUGGCGGAGGCAGACGACAGUGUAAACUCCAUUGACUCUGAACUUAUGUGUGAUAGCUUCGCCCAGGAAUCUGAUAUUGUCUGCCGGAUCUACUUACGUCAAAUAGGAUUGGAGAGUCUCGAGCGACUAGUCUGCAAGCUGGAGUCUACAACCAAAGUGCCUAAAAUUGUUUACUUCCUCACUUUUGGAGAUUAUGAGUUUCAUCUGCGUCAUUACGUGGCUAUAGUUGCAGCACAGCGACAUGUCGACCCGUUAGCCCUAUAUAUCAUAGGAGACCAGGAGCCUCUGGGUAUUUACUGGUCACUAGUUCUGAGAGAUGUUCCAGGUGUCAGGUUUGUUUAUAGAGAAACUCCUCGACAAAUAUCUGGCCACCGAAUACGUUUCGUACAGCACAAGUCAGAUCUAGUUCGUCUGCAAACACUCUACUUCAACGGCGGUAUUUAUCUGGACACAGACAUGGUCAUUUUACGUAAUAUUGACCAAUUAUUAGAUAACGAGCUAACUGCCGGAAUGAUCGACGCUAACGUUCAUAUGGGCAAUGGAUUCAUCAUGAGUCAGAAGGGAAACAACUUCAUCAAAGAAUGGUAUCAACUGUAUAAAACUGAAUAUAAACAGAAUAGCUGGGGCUAUAACUCCAUGAAGGUACCCAUGAUGCUGCAUCGAAACGACACCAGCCGACUAGUAGAGAUCGGAAAUAAAAUCUAUCGCCCCAACUGGCAUGAAAGGGCAUUACUCGCCAACGGCACGUACGACUGGUCAAAGAACUACGCCAUGCACAUUUGGCGCUCCGCUAAACCACACCCUGAGAGCACAGAAGAAAUCAAAUCUGCCAACACCACCAUCUGCGAAGUUUUACGCUAUAUUCUGUACGGGAAUCCAGCGCCAAUCACUUAA